AUGUGGGGCCAAGCUGAGGCUCAGCAGCAACACCCCACUCCCGCUGCUGCUGCUGCUCCAAGUCCCGCUGCUGCUGCUGCUGCUGCUCCAAGUCCCGCUGCUGCUGCUGCUGCUGCUCCAAGUCCCGCUGCUGCUGCUGCUGCUGCUCCAAGUCCCGCUGCUGCUGCUGCUGCUCCAAGUCCCGCUGCUGCUGCUGCUGCUGCUCCAAGUGCCGCUGCUGGUGCUGCUGCAAGUGCCGCUGCUGGUGCUGGUGCUGCUGCAGACUCUCGGGGGAACCCGACGGUGGAGGUGGACCUGAAGACUGAGCAGGGCUGCUUCCGCGCCGCAGUGCCCUCGGGGGCCUCGACGGGCAUUUACGAGGCGCUGGAGCUGCGCGACGGCGACAAGACCCGCUACAACGGCAAGGGGGUGCUGAAGGCCGUGGAGAACGUGAACAAGGUGCUGGCGCCGGCGCUGGUGGGGAAGGACUGCCGCGAGCAGGCAGCGCUGGACCGGCUGAUGGUGGAGGAGCUGGACGGCAGCAAAAACGAGUGGGGCUGGAGCAAAAGCGUGCUGGGCGCCAACGCAAUCCUCGCCGUGUCGAUGGCCCUGUGCAGGGCCGGGGCCGCGGCGAAAGGCAUCCCCCUGUACAAGUACGUGGCGCAGCUCGCGGGCCACGAGGCGCCCGAGUUCGUGCUGCCAGUGCCCUGCUUCAACGUGCUGAACGGCGGCAAGCACGCGGGCAACAGCCUGGCCAUGCAGGAGUUCAUGGUGGCGCCGGUGGGCGCGCGCAGCUUCGGCGAGGCGCUGCGCAUGGGCGCGGAGGUCUACCAGGCGCUGCAGCGGCUGCUGAAGGCCAAGUUCGGGCUCGCGGCCACCAACGUGGGCGACGAGGGGGGCUUUGCGCCGGACAUCAAGGACCCCAGGGAGGCGCUGGGGCUGCUGGUCGAGGCCAUUCGCGCUGCGGGCCACGAGGGCAAGGUCAAGAUCAUGGCGGACGUCGCCGCCUCCGAGUUCUACAGCAAGGAGGCCAAGAGCUACGACUUGGACUUCAAGAGCCCCGCCGCCGACGCCCACAGGCUCUUGACUGGCGACCAGCUCAAGGACCUGUUCAAGGAGUGGUCUGAGGAGUUCCCGAUAGUGUCGAUCGAAGACCCCUUCGACCAGGACGACUUCAGUUCGUACGCGGCGCUGACUGCGGAGAUCGGCAGCAAAGUGCAGGUGGUGGGAGACGACCUGCUGGUGACGAACCCCGCGCGGAUCCGCAAGGCGCUGCAGCACAAGGCCUGCAACGCGCUGCUGCUGAAGGUGAACCAGAUUGGCUCCAUCACCGAGGCCAUCGAGGCCUGCAAGCUGGCCCAGGCCAGCGGCUGGGGGGUGAUGGUGUCCCACAGGUCCGGCGAGACUGAAGACUCCUUCAUAGCGGACCUCGUGGUGGGCCUCCGCACUGGCCAGAUCAAGACGGGGGCCCCCUGCAGGUCCGAGCGCCUCUGCAAGUACAACCAGCUGCUGCGCAUAGAGGAGCAGCUCCAGGGCCGCUGCACCUACGCCGGCGAGAACUUCCGAAACCCCUCCAACUAG